AUGCCCAGUGAAACACUCUGGGAAAUUGCAAAAGCUGAAGUGGAAAAAAGGAGGAGUAAUGGAAAUGAAGGGGAUGGAGUUGAAAUUGGAGAAAAAUCUGUUUUCUUCAUUGGCAGUAAAAAUGGGGGAAAGACUACUAUUAUUCUAAGGUGUCUUGACAGGGAUGAGCCACCAAAACCAACCUUAGCUUUGGAAUAUACAUAUGGAAGAAGAGCAAAAGGGCAUAACACACCAAAACAUAUUGCUCACUUUUGGGAACUGGGUGGAGGAACCUCUUUAUUGGACUUAAUCACUGUACCCAUCACAAGUGACACCCUACGGACAUUUUCUAUUGUUCUUGUUUUGGAUCUUUCAAAACCUAAUGACCUUUGGCCCACCAUGGAAAAUCUGUUGCAAGCCACAAAAAGCCACAUAGAUAAAGUAAUAAUGAAACUGGGGAAGACAAACUCUAAAGCUGCUUCUGAAAUGAGACAGAAGAUGUGGAGUAAUACGCAGAGGGAUCAUCCAGAUCGUGAACUGAUUGACCCAUUUCCAAUACCUCUGGUUAUAAUUGGAAGUAAAUAUGAUAUUUUUCAGGAUUUUGACUCUGAGAAGAGAAAGAUAAUAUGCAAGACACUUCGAUUUGUUGCACAUUAUUAUGGAGCAUCAUUAAUGUUUACCAGCAAAUCAGAAGCUUUAUUACUGAAAAUACGUGGAGUCAUCAACCAGUUAGUAUUUGGCAUUGAGAAAAGCAAAUCAAUAUGUGUGGAUCUGAAUAAACCACUGUUUAUCACAGCAGGAUUGGAUUCUUUAAGUCACAUAGGAUCCCCACCUGUUCCUGACAAUGACAUUGGAAAGCUUCAUGCCCAUUCACCAAUGGAUCUGUGGAAAAAAGUUUAUGAAAAGUUCUUUCCAGCAAAGAGUAUUAACAUGCUAAAAGAUAUCCAGGACCCUGCACGAGACCCUCAGUAUGCUGAAAGUGAAGUUGAUGAGAUGAGAAUUCAGAAGGACCAGGAACUUGAACAGUACAAAAGAAGCUCUUCCAAGUCAUGGAAACAAAUUGAGUUUGAUUCUUGAACGUAACUAUUGUGUAUUCUUCUUUCCCAAAUACAAGUAAGGUAGUUUUAUUAAUUAACUAUUGUGGUAAUAUGUACAGAAAGUUAAGAUGUGCAGUUUGUUUAAAGAAAAAUUGAAUUCAUUGUCCUAGUGCAACCCCCUAGAUAAUUUGCAGUCUUUUAAAGGGGAAACAAUUAUGUAACUACAUAAAAUAUAUUCUUUUUUAGUAAGAGAAUCUUCUCCUAACUACCUCU